AUGAAGAACGACCACGAUUUUGAGGAAAAUCAUGAAGAAAAUCUCGCCCCGGUGGGAUUCCAAGGCACGUUUCGAAACCAAACGAAACGAUACGAGAGUUACCGGGAGGAAUACGUGUCCUCCUCCUUUCCCAGCGGGAAGAGGAGGAACUCUGGGAACGACAACAACCUGAAUGAUGACGGUGAGGCCACGAAAGGGACGUCGAGAUUGCUCGAAGCCGCGAUUGAUUCUUCUUCUUCAACUUAUGAUGGAGGGAAAAGAGGAUUAGGGGAAAGUGGUGAUGAGCUUCAGUCGUCGUCGUCUUUUUUACCGCCGGCGUGGGUGGACGUUUGCGAACACAUUCAAAGAGACGUGGGGAAAGCGAAAGCGAAAAUUCAACAGUUACAGAAAGCGCAACAGAAAGCUUUGUUGCCAACUUUUGAUGUGGACGAUGUGAACGACGAGAAAAUCGUGGAGCAGUUAACGGGCGAGUGCGGGAGGUUGUUCAAACGGUGCGAGGCGCAGUUGAAGAGGUUAGGGAGCGACGCGGAGGUUACGAAUACAGCGAACGAGUUCGACGAUAUAGGAACGAAAAUGAGAAAGAACGCGACGAGGAAGCUGGCGAUGGAGUUGAGUCGUCUGUCGCAGGCGUUUAGACAGAGACAGAAAGAGUAUUUGAACGAGUUGAAGAAUAGGCAAGACCGAGGACCGGGCGCGGAAGGCGUGGACGCCUUGGAGGACGUGUUUCGGAACAGAGUGGCGAGAAGUCACAGUGGCUUUUUAGAGCAAAGCGACGAAGGUGGUACGACGAGUUCUCAAAUGCAACAACGACAAGGUUUUGCGAAUCAAGACGUCAUGUCCUUGGAAGCGGAAGAGAGAGACACGGAGGUGAAGAAAAUUUUACAGUCCGUGACCGAUUUAGCGAUGGUCAUGCAAGACAUGUCCAAACUCAUCAUCGACCAAGGAACGAUUUUAGAUUCCAUCGAAUACAACUGCGCCACCACUGCCAUGCAAGUAGACGAAGGCAGGAAAGAGUUGGUCAAAGCCGAGCACACUCAACGCGCCGGCGGGCUCAUCAUUUGCAUAUACUUUCUCAUGUUCAUGUGCGUCUUGAUGACCAUCAUCAUAAUCCUCCAAAAGCUAUGA